AUGACUAUGGCCAUACGUAACCGUAGGACGACCCCCGAGGCCCUACUGGAAGCGCCAAUCUGCAGCCACCCUAUCCCAGAUGCAUCCGGGAAUCUCGCAGUGUACACACAGCAGACUUAUUCGUUCCGCUCGCACAGCAUGUUUGCGCAGAUCUGCGUGCAGGACAUAAACUCUCCACGAUCCUGGGCUAUCACCGAUGACCCUCAUGCCAAUUAUCCCAGGUGGAUGGGCCAAAGUGAACAACUCGUCCGCCCAUCACAGGCCCCAGAGGGUCGAUAUACAAUGACACGUAUAACGAACUUGAUGGAAUACUUCCAGCUCGGAGAUAUCGAGUUAAAUGGAUCGUUAGAUGAAGAUUCCCUGGACUUUUUCAAAGAUACUUACUUCAUCGCGUUUAUCGCCAGAGACGCUGAGUCCGAUCAAUCGACACACAUGGCCUCAUCGUGCUACUUGUGUCCCUUUUUCGGUUGGACUAGAUAUCCUCCAACAGAUGAAAACUAUCAUGCUUGGCGAUACCGUGGCUUGGGAGGUGCCAUGUGCUCUCCCGCUGUAAACUCGGGCAUCAUUUCGCCCCCUUGUGCAAGAGGGAAGAUGGACACGCCGCUGACAAAAAUCGAAUUGUACUGGGAACAAUGGAACCUCAGCCCAUCGGCAGUUUCAUUUGCCUCCAACGGAUCCCUACUCAUCCAGGUCGACCGAGAAGGACGUCAAGUACUCUACCAUCUCGACCUGAAUACUUGGCCGAACGAGCCGACUCCAACUAACUUGAAGUUAUUUGACAGUCUUAUUCCAUUGGGUUCGGUCAUGGAUGUCACACCCCUGCCUGGGAAAUCAAAACAGGUUCUGGUGUCUUGCGACAGCUUUCAUAGCAGCAGGCAGGUCAUCAUUCAAGAUUUACCGGCUCAAGGUCCUCGCAGUUCGCCCCUACCACCUUUCAGUAGAGAGAACUUUGGUCUUUCAAAGAGCCAAGUUGACCAGAUAUGGUUUCCGGGUGACGAACAGCGUCAGAUCCAUGCAUGGGUGGUUAAGCCAUCGUACUUCAAUCCAAAGCAGAAAUACCCCCUGCUCUACGUUAUCCAUAAUGGUCCGCAGCAUUGCUGGAGAGAACGCUGGGACAUGCGUUGCCAUCUUGCGUUUUUCGCCGAGCACGGUUAUAUCGUCGUGGCGCCAAAUCCCACAGGAAGUACAGGCUACGGGCAUGAGUUUACUGAUGCCAUACGAGGCUCAUGGGCUGGAAAGCCGUACUCAGACCUAGAAAAAGGCCUUGAUUAUAUUUGCGAGUCCCUCAAGUACGUCGACACUGAGCGUGCAGUGGCACUCGGUCUCGGUUACGGAGGCUACAUGGUAACUGGAUGCAAGGUCACGACAUGGGCCGCAGGUUCCGAGCUUUGA